CAUUUAACAUUCACACUGAAGCAACACAGCUGACUUCAGCUAUAGGCAGUGGACAGCAUCGUCACAAGUUGCUUGACACCUUUGGCUGGUGAACCGCUGAAAUAAAUUGGAUCAUACAAUGGGACCUCGAACAGCUGUCGCUUCGUCCAAGGAGAGAAAGAUGUUAUCUGUGGGGCAUGAUAACACACUUAAUCGUGGAAAGAGUGGGUACUGUAAGAGAGGCCCGACGUUAAGCCCGACCUCGACUGUGCUGUCAAACCCAAAAUCAGUGCUGAAGAGACCAGUGAGUCCAGAGGAGCUGCAGAGACCAGGAGGUCCCUACAUAAAGAGGACGUUUACUAUUGUGGGGGAUGCGGUAGGCUGGGGUUUCGUGAUCAGGGGGAGUAGGCCAUGUCACAUCCAAGCAGUGGACCCCAGUGGCCCAGCGGCAGCAGUGGGUGUAAAGGUGUGCCAGUUCGUGGUCACUGUCAAUGGUCUGGAUGUCCUGUCUCUGGACUACAAAACAGUCAGCAAUCUCAUCCUCACUGGGCCAAGAACCGUGGUCAUGGAGGUUAUGGAGGAGGCUGACUGCUGAACAUGAGGCCGUGUUGUAUUCUGUAACAGUCAACCCGAAGCCUCAUGACCCAUUGACUCACAGAGACAGGAAGCUUAGAGUAAGAAUGUGGACUAUUGGCCCAAAUAAAUCCAUAGAAACCUUCCAACCUUGAUACGGUGCCAAAUGGACUUAGCUACAUCAUCAACCUGAGACGCGGGUCAUAGUGACCCCACAGAAACCUGAUGGGCCCUACCGUUAUGCCACGCAUGCUUACAUCAUCAGUCCGAGACACUGACCAGUGUUCCGUGGUUAACACGGAUCCAGCUUGUGUUUUUGUACGUUGGCGGUGGUUUAGACUUUUGACCUGUGUGCAACCUCAUUGCCCCUCCUCCCACUGUUUGCUUUUCCAUCCACUUUCUAUUAGGCUCCAGUGGAGGGUUCCUUCCUAGAAAGACAAGUACUUUAGGGUGUUGUUGAUAAGUGAGGUGGUCCAUAUUGAAAACAACACAGAUGUGGUAGAUUUAAAAAAAAAAAUACAUUUAUAUUUUAAGGAGCCUGUUUGGUUGAAUAUGCUUAGCAUUUUGAGUUUUCAGUUUGAUAGCAGUAGCUGAAACUCAAAAUGUUGUUUAUGUUGAAAUAUGUUGCUUGGGUGGGUAUUCAAUCCCUACACGAUAAUCAUUGUCAGAGCCACCGUUUGCUGCAAUAGUUAUGUCUUUUGGUAAGUAUGUAGCAGCUUUGCAUACAUUGUCGGAAUGAUUUUCACAUAUUAUUUUUGGUAGAUCUGAUCGGGCUUGUAUUUCUUAUCUAGGAACUUCUAUAGCACAGGGGUUGAAUACUUCUGCUAGCAACAUUUCCUACAUAUAUUUGCUAACAUGAAAUCAAAGUCGCCUUACAAUAAUUUAUUAUGAGUAUAGGUGUUUAAAUAUAAAAUAUCAAACAGAACGAAAUUUCAAUGUACUGUUUAUAAUUCAGUUAAAAGAGAGAAUUGGUCAGAACUUUGGAUACUUUUGCAGGCACUGUAUAUCAAUAUCGGACUGAAAAAGCCCAGUACUGUAAAAGUGCAGACACAUGUUAGUGUAGAAUGACUUGAAUAACAUCUUAAUUUCUGAUUCCACUGUAAUGUUUUCGGAAACUGACAAUACUGAUAAAUAAAAUAAUCAACCUUUAAUAUUAUUAAUUGCAGCAUAGGAGAAUUUUUAUAAUUUCUUUUUUUUUUUACAAUCACUCAACCAUGUAUUACAGAACGUCAGAGCACUUACAAGGAAAUCUGUGAUAUUGCAUGCCUUUUGUAAAAUAUUUCAAGUGUUAUGUACAUGAUCCAAAAUCGUGGGCUAAGAAAUCAUGUAUUUUUAUUUUUUUAUAGGCAUAUAUCCAGACCAUAUUCACUGGCCAACUGGUAUUUAGAGGUUAAUAGUUUGGCCAUGACAGGCCAGCAAUAAGUAUCUACAUUUCUGUUAAUGUUUGAUCAGUGUAAAUAUUUUCAUUCUCAAAUUUACUAAUAAACUAAUCCAAUUCAAAGUCUUUGCAAAUGUAUAUAUAAAUGUAUCAAUGUUUGAGCAAUCACAAUAUUCAAGGGAUUACAAAGUAAGCAACACCACUGGAAAGACAGCAACAUUUAAGACAAUACUAUGUUUCAAUCAAAUGGCAAUAAAGGAAAAGCAUUUAUUGAAUCAUGACAGGAACUUUAAACUGCAAUAAAAGUUGUAAAUGAC